CGUCACGCAGACGCAGACACAGACGCAGGCGCAGACGUGUCCCGCUGCUCUGCAGUCUGAUUCACGAGCUGCUCGGAGCUGACAGGGAGGAGCUCCAGUCCCAGCAGCCCGCAAAGCCUCGCUUCUCUCGGUGGAAGGAAGCGGAAAUACACGUCGAACAGCGUCUGCUACCAGCUAGCUUCAGGCUCCGAAAACGGGCUGCGAGCGAUUCCUCCUCGUCGGUUUGCUCUCCAUAGGAAGCGGGGAGAGCUCAGUUACACGGUUGCGUUUUGGUUAUUACGGAGACGGAUUUGAAAACGGAAUAUCGUGAACAGUACAGCACUGCGCCCUGUAUGUGAGGUGAAAGUCGUGAAGGAGCGGGACAGGAGGAGAGACUCGGAGAAGCACAUCCAUCUGCCCACGGUUGUCUGGAUUCUUUCAGGUUCUGUCGUAGAAACCCAACGGCAUCCAAGUCCAGUUCCAGCAUGGAGGCCAUCGCCAAAUACGAUUUCAAAGCUACUGCUGAUGAUGAGCUCAGUUUCAAGCGUGGAGAAGUCCUCAAGGUAUUAAAUGAAGAAUGUGAUCAGAACUGGUACAAAGCAGAGCUAAAUGGAAAAGAUGGAUUCAUCCCCAAGAACUACAUAGAGAUGAAAGCCCAUCCGUGGUUCUUCGGGAAGAUUCCUCGCGCCAAAGCAGAGGAGAUGCUGAACAAACAGAGGCUUGACGGGGCCUUCCUCAUCAGAGAGAGCGAGAGCGCACCGGGGGACUUCUCCCUGUCUGUCAAGUUUGGAAAUGACGUGCAGCACUUCAAGGUUCUCCGCGAUGGAGCUGGAAAGUAUUUCCUAUGGGUGGUGAAGUUUAACUCUCUCAAUGAGUUGGUUGAUUACCACCGCACCACUUCAGUCUCCCGCAAUCAGCAAAUCUUUCUGCGAGACAUAGAGCAGGUUCCCCAGCAUCCUACAUACGUACAAGCGCUCUUCGACUUCGACCCCCAGGAGGAAGGCGAGCUGGGCUUCAGACGCGGCGACUUCAUUCAGGUCCUGGACAACUCUGACCCCAACUGGUGGAAAGGAGGCUGCCACGGCCAGACGGGCAUGUUCCCGCGCAACUACGUCACGCCCGUCAGCCGGAACAUGUGAAUCAGCCAGGCCAUGUUCAACAGCAGCCAUCAUCAUCAUCAUUGUUUUUGAUCUCAUCACCCCCCCACCUCCACCACCUCCAGCCCGGAUCCGCCCCCCACCCCCUCAUGGCCAUCCCCACAGAAACAGCCAGAAUGCAAACAGCUGAAAGAGAACACUGCUGCGGUAGACGACAGCCAAGCAAAGUCGACUCUCAUUGAUGCCGAGAACGUUCACGCCUCCGUGGGGGGCGGAGCCGUGUCUGAGGGAAGUCUAAACGCAGAGAACCCUAAAGCAGAGAGGAGAACGGAACGAUCCGGCGCUCCCGCAGCGUCUCCACUUCCUAACAUUCUGCCUUUCACUCCUUCUUCUUUCUUUGCAGCAUGUUUUAAUCACUUUAAUGAAUUCCCUUCCAAUAAAUCCUCUCUUGUUUUAAAGGAGAAAAAAAAAGAAAUUGUUUUAAAAAUGUACAAAAAGAAAAAUGAUGUCAACAAAACAGUAGGUUUCCAUGUUAAAGACCAUUGGUAUGUGAGCAUUGUACUUCAGCUAUUGGCUGCAUAAAUGAAUCAAGUAUAGAGAGAAUCCAUUUUUUUAAGAAUAUAUAUUAUAUAUUUGUAUGUUUGUUUGUUUUACCUCUCAUCACAAAUUAUUUUCCAUUUGUAAAUUAUGUUCAAUCUCCUGUUAGUCAGGGUAAGACCUUGUAGCUCUAGAAUGUGAUGAAUUGUCUUUUUUUUUUUUUUUUUGUCUGAAUCUAUCUGAGGUUUUUCGGAUAAACCGCACGACAUCCGAGGCGCCAAAAGUUCCAUUGGGACGAGGUUUCUCUGGUCUAUAACGCAACUACAGUCAGUUCUUUCAAGAAGCUUAAUGUCGACCAGCAAGAGGAGCUGCGAACGCUGCAAAACAACAACAAAGAAAAGCCUUUGAGGACAGCUCACUUUUUGAAAGCCGAUAUAUUUAUUGCAGCCAAUUGACUUGGGCAGUGAAUGUAGCUGACUGAAUCUGUAGACGAACAUGAGGGAAACGCAGUCAGACCCACACAACCACGCAAGGGAUUUUAAGCCGUGCUGAAUUGUUGUCAAUAGUUUGUAGAGAGCGGUGGGAGAGGACUUGUACAGGUAGACUCAUUCUCAAACACAUUCAUUGCUUGCAUGCAUCAGCAGACGCUCUCCUCCUUGUACGUGCACGAAGCAAAGGGGCGGAGUCCGGCUAACCACGCUGACUAACCACCGGUGAAAACCUGCAGCUGGCACAGAUUCAGAGUUCGGAGAACUGUGAGAUUGUCUGUUCUGUUUUCCUUUAUUUUGCUAACAUUUGAAAGACGAGCUGAGAUGAUGUAAAAGUGUUUUUUGUCUUUUUUUUUUUUGUCCAUCGUGGUGUGUGGUCAAGCACUUUUUUGUUUUUGUCAAACCUAAGUUUUGUUCUGGUCCAAAUGUGUGUUUGUUUACUGUGUUUGUGUUUAUUUUCUCUCUGGAUAGUGCCUUUCUCUCUGGUGUUUCAGUGUCUCUGACCUGCUACUUUGAGCCCCCCCUCCCAGCCCCCUGAAGCCCCUUUUUUGGGGCCCACCAGUCCUGCAGCCAGAAAUGAUGUAAAUAAUAAAAAAAAGAAAGAAAAGCGUCCCUCCUCUCCCCCCUCUCCUGUUUUACUCCUCCUACAUGGACCCGCUUCACCUUAGGUCUCACCAACAUGGAACUCGCCUUGUCUUAUCUAAUGAUACUGUUUUGUUUUUGCUCUUUAUUUUUUAUUUGCAUUCUUUUUUUGUUUUGUUUUCAAUGAAUAAAAAGCAAUUAUUAAACUUG